CGCGAAUCACGAAUCGCGAAUCGCGAAUCACGAAUCGCGAAUGCGCGCAUAGUCUAGUCCCGGCAUAAGAGGCACGAGUGUCUCGCGCCGUUCGAGUGUGACUUCAUUGUGCGUAAAGUUGGCGCGAGGUACUAUCGUGCCUUUUGAAUUUAAUUAAGAGUCAUAUCAGAUACCGUUUUCACAGUAUAUAGUGCUUUAAAAUAUUUAUUUACAUGUUGUACUAAUAUCUUUUCAUUAGUUUCUUUACGUAAACCAGUUGCGUGUGUGUGCGUAUGUGAAAUUAGCUGUUAUAGGCAUAAUCUGUUUUGUUUUCAACAAUUCAUUAUGCGAUGCGUUGCUGCAUUCGUCGUUACGUUGUCAAUAGCAGUAGUUGCGGCAUUGAAUGAGUGCGUUAGACGCCCAUCGCAAGAAACAGGACAGGACGAUGGACAUUAUUGCGUUUGCAAUGCAACGUACUGCGAUGAAGCUCCAGACGCGACCAAACCAUUCUUCACUUCUGCUAGAUAUGCUCUCAUAACUUCGAGCAGAAGUGGCUUACGAUUUUAUAUGUCAAACGGCAUAUUUAGAAAAGAUCUAUUAAGAGACAAUGUCGACGGAAGAAUUAUCAUCAACCGGAGAAAGAACUAUCAAGAAAUUUUGGGGUUUGGUGGAGCAGUGACCGAUUCAGCAUGUCUAAAUAUCCUCAAGUUAACUAAAAAAGCAUCGGAUAAUUUGUUGCGAAGCUACUUUGGUCCAAAUGGUAUUAACUAUAAUAUGCUCAGAGCACCAAUGGGUGGUACGGAUUUCUCAUCAAGACCAUAUAGUUAUGCAAUGGUACCAAACGAUACAACGCUUAAAAAUUUCGAAUUACAAAUGGAAGAUAUCGUUUACAAGAUACCGGUAAUAAAAAGAGCACAACAAAUGAAAAGAUAUAAGAUUAAAUUACUGACACUACCGUGGAGCGCUACUCCUUGGAUGAAAACAGUUGACACUUGGACCUGGAACAGUUCACUGCGCUCGGAAUAUCGACAAUUAUGGGCAGAUUACUUCGUAAAAUAUGUUGCGGCAUAUCAGCGUGUCGGUAUACGAUUCUGGGGUUUGUCGUCUCAGAACGAACCGAUGAACAAAUUGUUCCUUACAGCAAAAGUUCGUCUUAACGGAAUGCAAAUGACCGCCGAAGAAGAACGCGAUUGGAUUAUCGAUUAUUUGUGGCCAACUCUGAAAAAGAAUAAUUUCCAUCACAUCAAGAUCUUUAUAAUGGACGAAAACAGACUAGUGCUUCCGUCUCGGCCGAGAAAAGUGUUUAAGAAAGCAGAAGUUCGUAACAUCGUUUCGGGAAUCGCGGUUCAUAUGUACUUUGACUUUAAAGUCAGUCCGACUGUCCUUGAUGAAGUAAAGCGUGAUUAUCCUGAGAAAUUGAUACUUAUAACAGAAGGCUGCAUCGGAGUUUUUGAAAAAAAAAAGGUGAUUCUCGGCUCGUGGAGACGCGGUGAGUUCUACGCGCAGAAUAUUCUCGAAAAUCUGUCGCAUUGGGCGUCAUCUUGGAUUGACUGGAACAUCGCCUUAGAUACAAACGGUGGGCCCAAUUAUAUCGGCAAUUACGUAGAUUCGCCGAUCAUAAUCAACGUUACAGCCAACGAGUUUUACAAGCAACCGAUAUUCUAUGCCAUUGGACAUUUUUCCAAAUACAUUGUACCUGGUAGCGUGAGAAUCGGCACAAUAUUAGAAAACCUCGAAAAAGGAAUUCAGAGUGUCGCGUUCUUUACACCUGACCACGGCAUAGUAUUAGUGAUUUUAAAUAUGUGA